AUGACAGCUGCGCCAUGGAUAUGUCGCAAUUGCACUUUGCGUAUCGUCCAGCCCCUUUCGAAACGUUUUAUUCGCCUCCAGUCGACAUUAGAAGCUGCAAUAUCAGAGUCGGUACCACCAGCGCUUCUUACUCGAGCCCGCACAGUCGCUUUAGAGCAUAAACAGUUGGCGGCGAAGCUUAACGAUGGAUUUGAUACACGCAUUGCAAAGAAGCUGGGCGAGUACAGCCCCAUUGUGAAUGCUUUGGGGAAAUGGGACAAGGCCAACGAGUCGGUCACAGAGCUCACAUCGUUGAUACAUGACUCCACGACGGAUCCUGAACUGCGGGAACUCGCUGCAGACGACUUGAUUGAGACACGGGAGCAACUCUCUGCGGCUUCGCAAAGUCUCAUCACGGCCCUCGUACCUGUACAUCCAUUUGCUCAUUUGCCAUGCCUCCUCGAACUCCGUCCAGGUGCAGGUGGCUCAGAGGCCGCCAUCUUCGCAGGGGAUCUCUUCCGCAUGUACUUGGCGUUUUGCAAUCGCAAUGGCUUCCGUACAAACCUGCUCAAGUAUGAGAACAUCAAUGGCACGUCAGAAGCCGGAGUGCCUCUCUCAGAAGCCGUCUUAGAGGUGGAGAAUGACAAUGCGUAUGGAGUUUUUAGGUGCGAAGCGGGUGUUCACAGGGUGCAGCGAGUACCGGCUACCGAAACAAAAGGACGCACGCACACGAGUGCAGUAUCGGUACAUGUAUUACCGAGCUUACAGGAGAACAAUUCCUCAGAAGAGAAUUUUGAUGAUCCUGACAGCGACUACUACAUCGAUGUCAAGGAAGUCAAGGUCGAAGUCAUGAGGGCAAGCGGUGCAGGAGGCCAGCACGUCAACAAGACCGAGUCGGCUGUGCGACUUACCCACCUGCCGACCAACACAGUGGUCGCCAUGCAGGAUUCCAGAUCACAGCACAAGAACAAGGAAAAGGCGUGGGCCUUGCUACGCUCGCGUAUCGCCCAAUCGCGGAGAGAACAGCGAGAAGAAGAAAUAUCUAACAUGCGCCGGAGCGUGAUUGGCGUAGCGAAGAUGGGGCGCGGUGACAAGGUCCGCACAUAUAAUUGGGGCCAGCAGAGAGUGACCGAUCAUCGAAGUGGGCUUACGGUGCACGAUCUCGACGAUGUGAUGGAGGGUGGGCAAAAUUUAGAGAAGGUCAUGGAGAGCGUACGCAGCUGGCUCAUGGAGCGAGACGUCGAGGCUCUUAUCGCCGAAGAAGGACAGGUUAAAUAA